UCAGUUGUACGAAUGUAGUGCCAUUGCAUACAAUAGGGCACUUGGAAGAUACUACAAAACGCAUGACAGAGUGUGUGUAUACAAGGAUAAAUGGUUACGAUUCUGUGUAUAAGUAACAAAAUAUAAACCAUGCAAUCACUACUUUCGUAAAUUACUUUGUGAAUCGCAUUCUAAAGAUAUUUCAAUGAUAGUAGCAACUUUAUACCUAAACAGUGUUUUAGUAUCUCCAGAAUCUUGGUCUUUUAGUACAGACUUUGAGCAGGUUUCAGCUAAAGGUGUACCUUCAGUAGCAUCCAAUUUUGUAGUUUUGCGCGUAUUGUAUAAAAGAUGACCACUGAAACCUAUUCUGAUUUGACAUAUGAGCGAGGGAAGGUGUCAAAGCGCUCGUUGCGGCCAAAACUACUAAAAUUGACAGAUGUGACGAUACCGCACCGUAGUCGCAAAAAGAACAAAAUUAAGACGAAAGACAGAUCUGCUACAACAGUUCGCGAAAGGAUCUACGAUGAUCCAGCCUACACCGAGGAUAUAAGUCACUUGGCCAAUCCCAUGCGCCGCAGUAGCGUUUCCGGGAAACCCUUACUAGAGCACAGGGCGCGUAUCGAUACAGGCGGACAGCCCUCCUCCAGUAAAAACCAUCUGACCAAGGAGCUGCAUCAAUAUGUGACUGGGAAGCAGGGCAAGAUCAAGGUACAGCACACAACCACUGCAGUGGCUACCGGAAGCGUAAAAAAUUAUGAAUGCGAUUCGAGCAGCACCGACAAUGAGCAAUUGGAGCCAAUCAAAGGCGCAAUGACAAGUCGGGUUCGCAGCCUUGAGCGAAAUUUGGCCGUCACAGGAUCAGAUAGAGUGGAAAAGAAAGGAACCCAGAAGCGCAACUCGAAGCAGAAGCGGAACCUAAGCCUUGACAAUAGUCGCCAUCAUAUGACCCCAGGUCAACCGCAAAGGGAAGUGGUAGCUGAUAGCCGAACCCGCAAGGAACGCAAUCGAAAACUCUAUAGCGAGGGCGCCCCGGAAGUUGCCCCAACGGAAGUAAAUGAUCUAGAUGACGUAUACUCCGUUCGCAGUUCCGCUCAGGACUCCGCUGUUACAGUACCUGCAGUCUCGGCCUCCGAUGCAGCAAAGGUUGCCAUUGGCAAACGUUUCUUGCGCGGUGAAAUUGGUAUUAAAAGCUUUAAUUACUAUCUGCUCAAGGAGGGUAUAAAGAGCUCAAAGAAACUAGUAGACAAACAUCGUAAUGAGGAGUCGCCCAUCAAGGCUGAGAAGCGACAUUCCCGCAGCGAAGAGAACAUCUACGAGGAGAUUUUCUUUAAGGAAACCGCCAGUACGGUGAACCUUUCGGCCACAGGCGCAAUGUCUGUGGCAUCAGCACAAACUGACAAAGGUUUUCACAACAACCAUCACCAUCACCCAAAAAAAGGUGGCACUAAGCCACAUCGCAUUAGCGGUACCAGUGAUGGAAAUGGAAGCGCCACUGAUGCAUUUGCAGAUUGCGAAAUCUGUAUGGAACAGUGCAGCAAAGACAACUGUGAGUACUGCUUGGCGGCACACCUGGGACCAGUGGCAGGUGGCAAGUUGAAGGCGGCGCCACAGUCACAGCAGGAGCACUACAUAAGUCAGGGACACCAGGGACAAGAGAACGCUAUGGAUCCGCGGACAUCGUCUAAUGGUGGUCCCACCGGUGUCGGCUUGCCGGCUGCCCAUAUUUUGGAGUUCCAAUCGUACAAUCCCAACAAUCCCGGCGUAUAUAAAAUUGAGACAACACCAGUGGCCAUAACAGGCGACUAUAACCCGAUACUCCAGUUCCAGCAGUCGUCAGCCACUACGUCCACCUCGGCUACCACCACGCCCAGUGACCACCAGCAGCAGUUGCAACAACAGAUUUAUGGUGGCUACUAUUUACCGCAUCCGCACCAGCGGCCAUAUCAAUCGCCCAUUGUUGGUAAUCCAAUGCCCAGUCACUAUGCUGUGGGUGGCAGUCUGCUUUUGGCCCAGGUUGGAUCUGCCACGCCUCCACGGCGAAGCCAACAGCAGCACUAUAUAGUGGGAUUUCAGAGUGGUGGAGGAUCGGUGGCAGGUGCUGCCUCGCUGCAGCGUUUAAACACAAAGUCCUCCUCCUCCAGUGACUCGCUGCCGUAUCACAAAUACAAUACCAUGGCACGAUUGGAGGCAAACGUGUUUGCAGAACCGGCUACGGGUGACCUCUACUAUGCCGUCAGUGGGACGCAGCCGCUGCAUCCGCUCAUGUAUUCCGCCAAUCGACCCAUUGGUGGAUCCCAGACCCUGGUGGACUCCUAUGAACCCCAAAUAUACAAGAGCGACUCUAAGGCCUCUAUUCUAAGCGAGUUCUCCUUACGGAGCAGCGACAAUUCCCAGCGUUACGCUCGUCAUCCUAAUCGGCGACAUGGCGGUCGCGUCAGUGAUUCUAGUCUCUUUUCGGUAUACUCAAACUCUGGCCAGCGGCGGUACUUUGGGAGCUCAGAGAGUAGGUUCGGUUAUGAUUGUAGACGCUGUAGCCUGGACGGGGUUAUUGGAAUGGGCUCUGGAGUGUCGGGAGUGCCCAUGACAGCACCCGAUAAGUGCAGCUAUUCCGAUAACUGCCGCUACGAGUGUCGAAAUUGCGAUUGUUCGUCAAAUUACUUUAGCUCAGACUUUGAUGAUGUGUAUGGGUCUAUAGCGCGGGGUGGUAGCAGCGGUAUACCCCGAAAGACUGCAGCGGGAACACUGCCCUCAAGUGGCCAAGAUGAGACCAUAGAGCUUCGCCUAGACACGGCACCACCAGCAUCAUCAAUGGAACAACAGCAGCAGCAGCAAUGCCCACCACCGCUAGAUCUAAAACAAAAUAAGUAUGCCCAGGAUUUUUUCAAACAUGUUAACGAUGUGAAACGCAGCAUUUACCAGUCUGAAAUGCAAAGAAACAAUAGCUUGGAAUCUGGACGGCGGGGUCCAAGAGCUGGUAGCAACAUAAAUAGCAAUUCGAAGGCUAGUCCCAAACGGGCCGUUUCCCAGGAACCCAGACCAGAGCCCGUGGUAACUACGCUGCCAUUGAGCAGGGGGCGUUCGGCAACAGGGCCAAAGCCCACGCCGGCACCAAGAACCAGUCUGCAGACUCAGACCCCAUUACCAGAUAGUUCCGUCUCAAGAGAUCCUACGCCGAGCAAGCGCAAAAGUCAACCGACUGGCCGGAGAGAUUACCCUUCUUUGGACCGACUCGUAGCGUCUUCUACAGGAACUAUUCCCAAGAAACACAACAGAACCACGGCAGAGACGGGCCUACAAAACCAAAAGCUUACUCAAAAGGCUGAUGCUGAAAAAAGUUUCAAAGUAGAAGAACAAUUACCAUUACCUGUGGCCAAACGACACCAUCGUACAAGUGGAUCAAAGACACAUCAAAACAUACCCGGUCCGAGUACUCGACGAAAGGACAUUCCGGUCCCUCCACCACCCUCGCCAGCUACUUACUCCGAUCUACAGGAGCUGAAAGCCAAUAUGGAGGGUCUUCAGGACGAUACCAAGUCGCGAAGCUUAGAAGGCGAAACUAUUCAUUUAACUUCAGCAGAAAAAUGGAAUCAAACUGGAAAAGAAGUCCCUAGUGGUCUAUCUGAAAAGAUAGGGGAACUCUUAACUUGUGCGCCAGAUGGAAGUGCAGCGGAGACAGACGACAACGAAGUAUUCUAUGAUGCACGCAGCGAGGACUCUGGCGGGGGUAUCCUGCCCUCGGAGGCCAGUGAUGUAUCAAAAAAGAGUCCAUCGCACACGACGACAGCCACACAGGCACUGGGGGACAUCAUGGCUAACGAGAAUCGCAAGGUGGCAAUUGACACCGAAGUAGAGCAUUCGGUCGAGGAUGUCGAUACCCCGCCCCCAGCUGCCCCGCCCCCAGCUGCCCCGCCCCCAGCUGCCCCUGCGCCAGAGGUGCGGGCGACGUCCGCCAGCACGGACAUACCGGAAGUGAAUGCCAUCAAUAAUGGCAGCGACGAAGGGGGGGCCGCUCCCCCAAUUGGAGGCGCCAGGAGGAGCCCGCCUGGAGUGGAGAGCCAACUGGACCCCCGUCCGCCCCCCCUGCUGCCGCCCCAGUCCACCGAAACUGUGGAGACAAAUGGCGAAAAGCCAAGCAAAACAAAACACGAGAAAAAAGCUCCAACGGACGCAGGUGCCCCCAUGCAACAUGUUGUUCCAACAUGUUCGAAGGGGCAGCGAGGCAACGCAACAAAUGUUGCUCGCGAAAUCUCAACAACCACCAAUGGCAACACGAGCGCCAGCAACAGCGCAGUCGAGCUGGAGCUUAGUUGCAAGACGGGCAACACGGAUAACGCAACGCUAACGGUAAAGCACAGCAAUCCAACGCACUCAAGAGCACUGACACGUCAGGACUACGCCUGCCUUGACUCCAGCGAGGCGCAAUCGGACGACAGUCACCUGACACGCGAUUCCAUUACCCGAGAGUCCCAGAACGAUGAGCUCUCCUCAUCGACCCUUGAGAAACUAGACGUUAGCACUCUACCGCUGCCGGCUCUACCCAAGCGUCGUCGUACCCGAUCUCGCACUAGUCCCUCAAAGCAUCGACAGCAGCAGCAGCAGCGCCAUGAUGUGGUCGAAGAUGGCAAUGCAGUUGAUGAUGAAUCGUCUGUCCAAAAUCCUCUCAAGCCACGACAGCGAACGGACACUCCAGAGGCAAAAAAAACAGAUAUAAGCGCGCCAAAAAGCAGCCAGGAGAAGCCAUCACAUCCCCAACAUCAGCAGACACACCUAUCCGCCUUUCAACAGUACGUCGCCAAGCGACGUGAAAGUCUCGAGGCAUCCAAUCGCAGUUUCAACGAGAAGCUGGAGGCCCGCAGAAUGCACUACCAUAUAGGGGGUGGCAGCGGCGCCAAUGGAAACGCUGCCGCCACCCAUUUGACGUCUGGUUCCAAUGGAGUGCCCACAUAUCUUUUCGGAGAACACUUUCAUGGGGUAACCGUAGGAUCUGGCCGAAAAUCGCCCGCCGCCACCAACAAGGAGGAAAUAUUCCUGAACAAGUCCGGCUGGGUGCAGGUCAACACGAAACGUGGAAGUAGCAAGGGUGAUACCACCAGUGGCUGUCGCCGACUCAGUUAUGGCCAACAAAAUGGUGGAUCGAUUUUUCCAGACAAUGGUCGCGGACGAAUUGCAACGACGAGGGCUAUUCCUCCGGACCAUGGACGUCGCUUAGAUCUGGCGCGGCAGUCCUUCAUUCAGCAGCAUCAACAGCAGCAGCAGCAGCAAGCCAAUAUUAGCAUGACCGAGAACAAGUUUAUUGGCUCCAAGGUAGAAGAGCUAAUUCAGAGAAACGAAGCGCGUCUAAGUGGCUACUCCUCACGGGACCCUGCCCUGCGUCCGGGUUACCGGAUUAUCGAUCCCCAACUGGCGAACAUCCUUAACGAAAGACCAGGCUUCUUGCCAGUUAAGAGCCCCAACGAUCUGGACUCGCCCAUCACACCAAUUCUAUCGCCGCCACCCGCUUUCCAGGACAAUAGCCGUAGUGCAAGGCAUCCGGACCGCCGUAAGCCAGUUCGCCAACAGGUUCCUUUGCCUGUGCCUGCGCAGUUGGGCACUUCGCAUCACAACAAUGGUCCCGCUAAGGGCAUGGUAUUCUCCCGGAGUUUCGAAUACGACAAUCGCCGUCCCACGCCCACCGAUAACUAUGUAGAGACCUUUUCCCGCAGCUUUGAUGGAAACCUGUCAGAACGGCCGCUGAACCUGGCCGUACUGGCGGGUCAGCGGGAAAGGUCACCCAAUUUCAGCACUCUGACCGGCAACUCACCCAACUACCUAACGAAGCGGGAAAGCGGCGGUGGCAGCAGUGGCUCCCUACGAAGCCGCGACAACUCUCCUAAAUAUCUGCAUCCGCAGACGACAACGGCCUAUUUGAAUGCCGCUGUCAAGGAGGCGCCUCCUGUCUACAGUUUAGCCGCCGGCAGUCAGGCCAAGUACUCGCCGCGAUCCCGUCACGAACGAACUGCUGAGCGUUCCAAGAGCCAUGGCCUGGGACGUUCUCGAAAAUCCCAGUUCAGCCGCGUAGGCAGUGCCGGACCUCUGGCCGUACAUCCCAACACUCAAAAUAUGGGAGUGUCGCGUUUCAGAAGCUUUGAUACGUCCAAGAGUCAACGCCUCAAUUCCUGCGACAGUGGCGCGAGAUCAGAUCUUUCCAAUGAUGAGCUGGACAACGAAGAUGGCGGUCUAAGCGAGUUUCUCUCUGCCGGCAGUCACAAGUUCCCCAAAGUCGGAACGAGCAGCGUCAGCAUCUCACCAUUUAAGAUACAACGCCAACGGUCCCUUACACCAGAUCGUAACGAUUCCCAUAGCUCGUCUAGCAGUCUGCGGAAGCAAAGAUCGCUGACCCCCGAAUCCAGAUCCUUGACACCCGAGGAGCGACGAAAGAAGGGGUCUCAAAUCUCUUUAAGCGGUUCGCGGCAAAACUCCAGCUCCAGGAGCAAUACGUUAGAGGUUCGCCAGCGGCACGAGGAGAAGACGCAACCUAACAUAUCGCGAAGCUCCUCCAGCUCCAGUUACAGUGGUGGUGACUCUCACGAGCCAAAGCCACCCAAUGCCAGCACCAGCUCGACGGUAAUUGCCUCGACCGCCGUGGCCGGAAGUGGCUCCACCAGUCACCGACGUACAAUGGCCGCUAAGCAGGCGGAACAGGAGCACCGGAUCCGACGUUCGAGAUCGUUGCAACUCACCGAGCGCUCUCCAAAUCGAACGCACAAAUCCAUCGUUAACGUUGGUCCUGUGACCUCGCAGCAGCAGGCGGCAGGAACUGCCUUCCAGCAGUCCCGCUUGGCAAGCGGAGCCGUCUUCCCACCCACCAUUCGAGCCUCUCCAGCCGCAGCCAAGAUCCAUGUCAACCCCACUACGUUGCCAAGCAACUCGGUGAGGGGUCGACAAAACGAGGCGGACAAGGCGCGUUCCUUUGACUUCGACUACAACAACUACAAUCGCGGUGCAGGGGCAAAGGGUGCGGCGCGGAAUGCUCACACAAGUGGGAGCGGUGGAGACAGUGGAAGCAACCAGAAUCUGCGGGUGGAUAGGGAGUCCCGAUCCCUGGACGACGACUUUCGCGAAGCUGUGCUCAACAACAACAACAGCAGCGGCAACGGCGGAAGCGUAAGCGGAUUGCGUUUCCUACAGCCUGCCGCCGAUUCCGGACUCGUUUCCAUGGCCUCCACAUCCUCAUCCCGCCUGCGAAAGUCCAAUUCCCCUGUUAAUGCAUCUAGCAUGGAAGCGUCACGGUCACCACAGUCAUCGGGAUCCUCGUCUAACAAUCUCCAUCAGCCAACAAGACAAUCUGGUAGCCCUCAGAGCUAUGGGACGCGUCUUUGUGACCACGAGCUAACCUACGAAAUGAUGAGAAAAUCACCGAUCAUGAACUUUCGCCGAGGAGACAGCGGUGACUAUGAGCAGUUGCCCGUAAUGCUGCGAAAUCGGGAGACCAUAAACUCGGGGGGCAACAGCGAGCUUAAUUUUAUGAGCAACGAAACGCGUAUAUACGAACACCCGACAACAGUGCUCAAGCCACAGCGCUCCCUGCGCCAAAGUCCGGGGUCACGGGAUGACCUUAACCUUGAGGUUGCUGUCGGAGUGGGUGGCGACUAUAUUUACAGGCAGCAGGCCACACAGCCGCGGAGCAGCAGUAGUAAUGCAGAGUACCCAACAACGGCAACCACCAAAAGCUGCAGCAAAACUCUGGAUACCUGCGACUAUUGGCCACGCUGCGCUGCCUGUCAGAAAAAGAGUGCUCCUGAUGAAAUCCAGAAAGGCCAGUCCGUGUCCAGUGUUCCUAUAUUUGAGCAGGAGCAUUUGAAACCCCACAUCACCUCAGUGACCGUUAACGAAGACACCAGAGUCGUAGGCCCAAAGCACCAAGGGGUAGAAAAAUCCAAUCCAUCGUGGACCUUCUUGUGUAGCGGUAUCGCCAGCAUUUGCCAACCCUUCGAGCAGUUGGAAAACCAGGAGAAUGCGUCCCAAGUGGCGGCCGAGGAGGAAAUCGUGCUCAGGAAGGUUGCAAACGACCAGUGCCACAGGAUGGGACGCAGUCGGUCUUUGUCAAGUCUGAUACUUCGGAGACCUCAAUUUGCGGGAAUGCCUAAAAACGGAAACACUGGAAUGAGGUCAAACAGUAGUUUCGCUGUGGGUUUGUCGCAGCAAAUUAAGGCUGUGUCCAGUCCAACGCUGUCAGAACCGCUCUCAGAGUCAUCGCCGCUGAAGACAGUUGAAUGUACGGAUGUGGCGACCACAGGCAGCAGCAGCGUCGGAAGUGGAGGCGUGGGCUUGGGCGUCUUGCAGAAAUUCAAGCGCACUCUGAACAACUUCAACAGCAAAAAUCAAAUGCACAUCACUCCACUUACAACGCCGACAGCCGGUGGCAAUCUGACAAAGGCGAAGACAUCGCCAACAACACCGAAUGUAUCCAUUACGGCGGCUCCGGCGACGACAUCUGCCAGCGAACCUGGGGCAGAGGGCGGCGAUGCGAGCUCCGGAAAAUACCGAUUCGGGCCCCUCAUCUGGCGCACUUCCAAAGAGCGACGUAAGACGAAAUACAACCGAAAAGACAAGUGCAAUUCCGGCGACUCGGGCAUUCAAAUUGAGCUCGAGCAGGAUGAGCAUUACUCCCGUGCGCUGACUGUGAGCGUUCAAAGGGAAACGGCCGCUCCUGUCUCAACCAAUGGGACGUCCAGUGCCGCGGACCCUAAGGUGCGAUCAAUACGUCGAACCAAUUCGGCAAAGACAACCAGUAUUUUCGGACCCUUUACUGUGAGAACAAAACACGCCAGGUCUGAUAAGGUUGAGCGCGAAGCUCCAGAAUCCCUGCCCACGCGAUCUCUCAGCCAACCCAAUGGCCUGGAGUCAUAUGGUAUGGGACGCCCGGAUCUUGAUGAUAGCGACAGUGACAGUGUUGCGUCAAACGAGGAAGCUGUCAGCUACUAUCCAACUAUCUAUGCCGAAGUGCUCUACAACUUCACGGCCGGCGGUCCUCAAGAACUUGGCCUGGAACGGGGAAUGCUCAUUGAAAUAUUGCGCAAGGAGGUUGGACCCUGGUGGUUCGGCCGCAUUAAGAAGGAGGAAACCAAUCUCGUGGAGGACAUAUUGGACCCUGAACUGGGCUGGUUCCCCAAGGAAUUUGUGCGCAUAAUUCAUUGUCCUGAGACGGAUAUUUUCUUUAACGCGCAUAGGGCUGCCGCGGCUGAGGCGCAAGCUGAGGCUGAGGAAGCUACAGCUCGUGGAGAGGAAGGGUCUAUUCCUGUUCCCGUUGCGACAUACGUCGAGGACGCAGACGUUACCGUGACCACGGACCAAAGCAACGUCACUCUAAUUGUCAUUGAAUCGCCACCAGCCCCGAUGAUUCUCCCUAGUUCCGACUCAAUGGCCCAACUGGACCACAACACAAUCCUGCGUCGUAGUGCCGUUCGCGAACUGCUUGAUACGGAGGUCAAUUACGUCAAACUGCUGGCAUCUAUUUGCGAUGGGUAUCUGCCAGCCAUGAGCAAGCGCAUCGAUAUUUUUUCGCCGAACAGUAUUCGACUGAUCUUUUCCAACAUAACGGCCAUUUACAAGUUCCAGCGAAAGUUUCUCGAGGCCUUGCGACGCGGAAUUGAGCAAAACCAGAUUGCUAAGGUUUUUCUCAAUAUGCACAAAGGUUUCCUAUGCUACUCCACCUACUGCAACGCUUAUCCUCGAGCCCUAAUCGAACUUGAGACUUACGAUCGCGUAAAAGACGCCCGUACUAUUUUGGAGAACUGCCGCGAAUCGGAGAACCUAGCCGAGCUUCCGCUUUCUGCCCACCUGCUAGCACCAGUGCAACGUAUCUGCCGCUAUCCCCUGCACCUCAAUGAGAUCAUUAAGUCGGCAAUUGGAAAUGCGGAUGAGAAUGAUGGUGGAGCAAAGCCAGUUGCCGCUAAAUAUGAUCAACUUGACAUCUUUGAGGUGGACAUACCUGACUCUCAAGAUACUGUAAAUUUGGCGCUGGAGGCGAUGCGCGGCAUCACAGAGGCGGUCAAUGAGGGAAAACGCCACAGCGAGACGAUUGCAAGGCAUCAGGCCAGCUUUCAAAACUUUAAGGGACCGCCGCUGCACUUGCACAGUGCUCGCUUCUUCCUGCAAGUAGAUGCUACGCGUCAGAAACAGAAUCUUUGGAACAGCAGCUACACGUUGUUCCUAUUUGACAACCAGCUGGUCUACUGCAAACGUGAUAUUAUCAAGCGCAGCCAUUUCAUCUACAAGGGACGCAUUUUCCUUGACCGCUGUCGCGUGGUGAACGUGAGGGACGGAAAGAUGUUUGGGCACACCAUUAAGAACUCCCUUCGCAUAUAUAGCGAGUCGCGUGACAAAUGGUACGAUUUCAGCUUCCGUUCGGCCAACCGGAAGCAUCGCUUUCUUAGCACCCUCGCCCUAGAGCGUCAGUUUGGUGGUAAAGCCCUAUAUGUUUCCGAGAUGACUGGUUUCGAAUACACCUCCUACGAGGAGCGGCCGGGCGAAUGUUCGGACCAAUCUGACUACGAGGCGCAAGACUUUGAAAUAGCAACGGGGGCCAACAGUGGUGAGAGCUCGGUUCCAGAUUCACCGGCCAAAUCUUCGUCCCGUCUGUGCGAGACGUUGCCCAAAAAAUCGCAGUCCAGGGACGGCAUAUCCAGCACAGACAACGCUCAACUAUCCACCACUUCAACUGGUUCGCUGGGAAGACGUCAUUUUGGCAAUUGGUUCCGCAAGCCGAAAAGCGCCAAUUGCACUCCGAGUCAGUCACCGACGCAUAAGCCGGGCUUCGACGCAGACGCGACUCUUACGGAAGCCCGGGUGGCUGCCAUGGAACUGGCCGAGGCCGCGGCUGCGCUAGUGCCAACGGAUAGCUCCUCCGCAUAAAUGCUCGACACAUUUAUGAAUAGAAUCGCAAUACAACUUACAAACACCAUACAAUAUACAGGAUACAAGCAAAUGUACUCGUAGUAGAAUACAUGGUAUAAAAUAUUUAUUACAAUAAUAUUAAAUUGCCUUUAAUCAUAGUAAGAUGUAGUCGAAUGAGUGUUUCAUUCUGAUUGAGUUUUUGUUAGUGUUACCUUUUUGUUCAAUAUAAAAUUGUUUGUUUUUAUUUUAAAUCGUCUGUCGUUUAAAUCUUUGAAUGUCUGUCAAAGUGUUUGCAGACGACCAAACAGUAAUACGGUAAUAAGAAUUUUAGAUUUACAACAAUGAACAAAAAUAUUGUAUACUUCUGGCAUUUCAAUGCGGUUUUAUACACAAAUGUCGCCGACUGCUAGUCUAAAAACUCAUUACCUGUCCAUACUUCUAAUUCUAGGUUAUGUGAUAAGUCGAUAAUAAACACCCGCAAAUUAUUUAAAAUUUUCCUCUUUGUGUUCGCUUAGAGAACUCCGCAAGAAAACUACCCACAGAAUUGAUAUUGAAAUACGUUUAGGAAACGUUGUUACUUUAAAAAUGGCACGUUUUACCCAAAAAAAAGUACGUACUCUUUGCAUUUAACUUGCAAUGCAAAAUGGUACUACACAUGCUAUUUGUUACUGUUUUUGUUAGGCCAAUCCAAAUAGGCAUGUUUUCAAAGUUAAAUAUGAAAAACUUACUAAAAUUGAACGAAUAAUAUUUAUAAAGAUAGUAACGAAUCAAUAAAGGAACAAUAUUAUUGCAUGUGAACAAAUUGUCAUUACGAUUUGAAACAAUAUUGUAUUAUACCGAAAUUGGUUGAAGGUCAAUUUGAAGUCUUAAAAAUUAGCAAAUGUUAACAAUACAUUACACUAAAAGCUAAAUGCAACAGAACAAUUGAGCGAAUUUAAUUGUUUCUAAAAAGAAACGCGAAUGAAUCCCAUUAGUAUUUAAAAUUUUGCCCACCCAGUUGGCAAGAAUUAUUUGAUGACAUUAUAAGUUGGUAAAGAGAUAUAAAUUCAUAAAGCAAUUUACUAUUUAAUAGACUUUGCCACAAAAUCUCAUUGGUUUUUGGAAAAUAUUAAAACUAUCUGUAAAAUAUAGGAUCGAAUUCCCAGGCAUCAAUUCUGCACUAUUAUAUAACAAAGGCCACGAAAUAAAAUACAUUAAAAUAAAAUAGGGCUAAAGAAUCAACAAAACAACCAUGCCAACACAGCUAAGAACAAAAAAUAGCUCCAAACAUCUCGAUAUAGUUGAUUUACCAUAUAGUAAAUCUGGGACUACUAACAUUCUCCUGCGCACUUUAAUCGGACUAGUUUGCCAAGUUUGAACCAGACAAACAUGUAUAAAUGAAAACCUAUCGCCAAAAAAAGAUUGUACACUAAUGGCAAGGGUGAAGGCCAGCUGAGCAAUUUAAAUUAGAAGGCGUAACCGGAAACAAAAACCCAACCGUAUGUAUACACUUAGCGACCACAAAUAUACUCCAUAUGCCAAAUAAAUAAAUAUAUAUUUAUCCAUACUA